AGCCAAUAGUCUAAGCAGCAACAACAACAAUUCACAAUGUUCAGUCCGGAGUUUGAGAAACGCAUCCUGAAGCACUGCAGUCCCGUGGCUAGAAAUCUAUUCGACAAUCUGGAAUCGUCCACAACGCCAACAUCGUUGGAUCGUUUCAUACCCUGCAGAGCUCACAACAAUUGGCAAACGAGCUUUGCGUCCAUUAACAAGUCGAAUGAUAACUCGCCGCAGACAAGCAAGAAGCAGAGAGAUUGUGGAGAAACGGCACGCGAUAGUCUGGCCUAUUCGUGCCUACUGAAGAACGAGCUCCUUGGCUCGGCCAUAGACGAUGUGAAGACCGCCGGGGAGGAGCGCAACGAGAACUCCUAUACGCCGGCGGCCAAGCGCAGCCUCUUCAAAUAUCAAUCACCCACCAAGCAGGUAAGCUCCUUCCCUCAACACAGCCACUCCCCCCACCCUCUCAAAGGCCUGCCCCUGGACACGACCUGUCUCUGA